GGAGUUCACCCGCAGUGCAGGAUCGGCCGGACUGCGACCGUUUGGAGUUUGACCAGUCGUAUGGACCACAAACUAGGAUAAAGACUAUCAAAGCCAAGCGUUAUGACAGAAGGAGUGGGCUGACAUGGGAGAGUUUUAUCCCUGCAAUCCAGCGACUGUAAAAAUUACAAAAAAACCAUUAGGAGGCAAAGAUUUGUUGGAUAUCAGAUCGUGCCAGUGGAGGUUAUUCCUGAUUAGCAAACUAGUCAUCUAUUAUUCCACAAGUUUGUAUGUGUUUGCAUUGGCUUACAUGAGUUUGUUUAUCAGGGUGUGUCUUCAUAGAUGUGUCCAGGUAGGUUAAAAUGGCUUUGUGGGGUUUAAAAGCAGGUGUGCAUUAGUCGGCGCUCCCUCAGAAUGGGAGAUGAGAGCAGCCAUCUCAUUUGCUGAUCAGAUCACGGACAGAUUAUCAGCCUAAAUGAGCAUUAGAAGAAGUCGAGCUCUGAGGUGUCUGAAUAGCAUGUUCUGAACAGUCUUUGCAUGUGUGAAUACAGCGAAGAACUGGUGGGAAAAGAAGCAAGAAGGCAACUAUUGCUGGUGGACUUUAUUCCAAACUGGUUAUUCCCUUCUUUUUGGACUUCAGUUUGACAGAAUCUCACCACUACGCAAGCGCAGCGCAGUAGAGCUGAUAUCACAACUGUAACUUCAACUAGAAGAUAGUGUUCUCUGCUUGCACUGAUACUGAAACGGGAUCACUCCAUCUCUGAUUCUGACUGAAGGUGUUGGUGGACCCAUUUGUGAUUCUAUUAGUCAGCGCCACCAUGUAUGUUCUGUGCACACUGGUGUUGCUGUCUCUCCACAACCUGUUUAGGAGACCCAGGGUCUUGGAACCCUCUGAACCCAAGGCUAUCGAGGGUCCUGAGCAGCACAGACCAGAUGUCGCCAAACUGGGACGCAAGAAGAGGAACAAGCACACCUUGCAUGAAGGUUCUGGACCACUAGAGUCCUCAAGGUUCCAUGACUUUGAAAGAUGCCAGCAUGGACCCAGUAGAGCAAGUAAAAGAAGAUCCGUUCACCUGGAUAAUGUGCACAGGAGAAAGAAGAGAGCACAGCCGGUCCAGCGGUGUGUUCUGCUCGGCCCCGUGGUCAUGUAUGGCACACGAAAGACCUGGGACGUCACCCACACCCCCUGCAUGCAGGAGCUCUGGAACAAAGACCUCUCAUUGGAUGCGAGUUCCCUGGAUAUCUUGAUGAGUGAUGGUGAGGAGGAGAGCUCCUUCCUCUCGUUGUCCAACUCUGUCCUUCAGCGCCACUGUUUGACCUCUGACCUCUCUGAAACGGCCACCUCAGAACAGCAGCAGCUGCUCAUACAGAAGGUUACUUUGUCCUGUUCCUGGACGUCUGCCUACACACUGCAAGAGAGAGUCUGUGAGUUCCAGGCACGUUUGCGCAGUGAAGACUCUGCCAAAAGGCUACAGCGACUGCAGACACACGACCACCAGCUCAACCAAGACAACCACCAGAACGAGGAACAUUCAUCCAUUAACCAAGAACCUCAAGAGCAGCCCAGACUGCAAGACAGCCAGCUCAACCAAGCUGUGUCACCUACAGGUGUGAGGAGCUCUAGUGUUUUGACACAGAGGCCUGUGGAUUUCCCCAGCGCUGUACAAGUGAGUAAAGUUCACUCACUGGAGCUACUGCAAAAAGACGAGGGAGAACAGCUCGCUCUCAUUACAGGGCUGCGCACACAGGUCAGGGAGCUGGAGGAGAAACUAGUGGAUCAGACGCAGGAGGUGGAGAGACUGCGCUCUGAGCUGGGGGCGACAGAUCUGGAGAAACAGCUCGAGGUGCUGGAGAGUGAAAACCAGCGGCUCAAACAGGAGCUGAGGGCCAGUCAGACCCAGACCACCUGCUCUACCGGCCACUGCCACCACAGCCAGGAUGUGCAGGCCCUGCGUGGAGAGCUGUGUCGUAAGGAUGAGGAGUGCCACGAGCAGGAGCGGCGACUGGCUGCGCUGGAGCAGCAGGUGCAGGAGAGGACAGGUGUGGUAGUUCAGCUGCAGCAGCAGCUGGAAGAGGCGUCACGUCUCAGGAGCCAGUGCGAGGAGCAGCUGACCUCACGGCUUCGUGAUGGUGAGGAGGCUCUGUCUCGCCAGGCUGCUCUGCCGCUGAAUUUAAUUAAUCUUUUAUACUGUAAAUUCGAAAUCAUGGAAAUCAAUAAUGGAAUUAAUGGAAAUCAUAAGGCUCUAGUUUCAGGCCUCUGUGAUGUCGGUGUCGUGACAGAGCAGGUUAACAGCUCUCUCUCUUCACUUGCGUUGCAGCUGAGGACGGACCGCAGCCGUCUGUAUGGUCUGCUCUCCAAGGCGGUGGGUGGGGGUAACACCGAGGUCACCCACAGGCUAUCCAAGAUCCUGGUGUAUGAGGGUGAGAUGGAGAGAGCUCAGGGUCAGCUGGAAGCAGAGAUGCAGAGUCUGGAGGAGGAGAAGAACCGAGUGAUCGAGGAAGCUUUCAUCAGAGCCGAGAGUGAGAUGAAGGCCGUCCACGAGAACCUAGGUGUCCCUGAAGACCCUGGCAUUAACCAGCGUGCUCUGCGGCUGCUCUUCUCUGAAGUGUCGGAGAAAAAGCCCGACUGGGACUAUAAGAUCACCGUCAGCAUGGUGGAAAUCUACAAUGAGACACUUCGGAACCUGUUGGGUGACAAUCCCAAUGAGAAGCUGGAUAUAAAGAUGUGUCCAGACGGCAGUGGACAGCUGUAUGUGCCAGGACUCACAGAGUUCACCGUGGAGAGCGUGGAGGACAUUAACCAGGUGAAGCUCACAGCAUCCAACCAGAGUUAUGCUACCUGUCGUCACUACACGCUUCAGCUUCAUGAACUGCACAAAUGUAUGAAUAUCACCACUGUAGAUAACAAAAUAUUAUUUCCUGGGAAAAGCAACAAAAAGUUUUCUUAUUAGGCCGAUUUGUCUUGG